CAUUCAUUAAGCAAGAGGUAGCUACAGAACCUGGAAACCUGAACAUUAAUAUCCAGAGUCCCAUAGAUCGGAGAGCGGCUGAGCAGAGUUGAGGUCAAAAUGGCCUCUCCGCACAGAGUUUUGCGCUUGGAGACCCUGAGUCCAUCCAUCACAAAUAUCAACGUCCCUAUCUUAGGAUCGGUGACACAACGAGCGAUGGACAUCAAAAGGGAAAUAGAGGAGGGUAAGCAGAAACCCUUUAAGGAGAUCAUCUUUUGUCACUUUGGGGACCUUCAUGCCAUGGGCCAAAAGCCCUGUACCUUCCUGAGACAGGUGAUGGCCCUGUGUAUGUACCCAGCUCUCCUGGACAAUAGCGAGUUCCCUGAAGAUGCCAAGCGGAAAGCUCGGUCUCUCCUGCAGACGUUAGAAAAUGGAUCAGUGGGAAGUUACAAUGAGUUUUAUUCAUGGGAAACACUGCCACAAAGGAUCGCCCACUUCAUCCAGAGAAGGGAUGGCGGGAUCCCCUGUGACCCAAAGAAUGUGGUGGUGUCUAGUGGAGCCACGGCAGCGAUUGUGAGCGUGCUCACCAUGGUGGUAAAUGAAGACGAGCCAUUAAGAACCGGUAUCAUGCUUUCAGUGCCCCAGUACCCAGUGUACGUGGACACCAUUAUGCUGUCUGCUGCAGUGAAGGUGGAAUAUAACCUAGAUGAAGAGAAUGGAUGGUCUCUGAAUGUGGACAAUAUUCGCCAAUCUCUUUACAAAGCCAGGACGCACUGCAAUCCGAAGGUCCUCUGUGUCAUGAACCCAGGAAACCCAACUGGACGGGUAGAGAGCAGAGAAUCUAUUGAGGAUGUGAUCCGACUGGCUGCAGAAGAAAACCUGCUCCUCUUCGUGGAUGAGGUCUAUCAGGAGAAUGUUUUUGGUGUGGGUGCCACUUUCCAUUCCUUCAAGAAAGUUCUAUUUGAGAUGGGACCCCGAUACUCCCAGCAGAUCCAGCUCGUUUCAGUCAAUUCUGUCUCCAAGGGGGUCAGUGGAGAGUGUGGACUGCGCUGUGGGUACAUUGAGUUUGUGAAUAUUGACCCAGCUGUGUUUCAGAAACUAUUCACAUUGAAGUCCUUCGCUCUACCCAAUGUCAUUGGGAUGCUGGCCAUGGAUAUAAUGAUGGACCCCCCACAGCCAGCAGAUCCAUCUUAUAAAACCUUCAUGGAGGAGAAGAAGGCCGUGCUCAGUGCGCUAGCAGAGAAUGCCAGGCUAACCGAGGAGAUUUUAAACCAGGCGCCCGGGAUCCGCUGUAAUCUGAUCCUGGGCGCAAUGUACGCCUUUCCCAGGAUCCACAUCCCAGAGAGAGCCGUGAAACUGGCGCAGACUCAAGGCCUGGAACCAGACAACAUGUUCUGCCACCACCUGCUGGAGGAGACUGGUAUUGCUUUGGCUCCUGGAAGUUGCUUUGGACAAGUAAAGGACACCUAUCACAUUAGGAUCACUCUGCUCUCUCCCAUCAAUAAACUAAAGACUAUUUUGAGAACUAUAACAGAAUUCCACGCAAAAUUCAUGAAGAAAUAUCAGUGACAUUCAAGGAGGUGCUUCCAGCCACAUCAACCACCAGCUAUGCGCUCUGUGGACCAUUAGUUCUCCCAGCCGCCAGCUAUGCCCUCUGUGGACCAUUAGUUCUCCCAGUCACCAGCUCUGCUCUCUGUGGGCCGUUACUUCUCCCCAAUCACCAGCUCUGCCCUCUGUGGACCAUUAUUCUUCCCGCCAACAGCAAUGCUCUCUGUGGACCAUUAGUUCUCCCAGCCACCAGCUCUGCUCUCUGUGGACCAUUAGUUCUUCCAGCCACCAGCUCUGCUCUCUGUGGACCAUUAGCUCUCCCAGCCACCAGCUCUGCCCUCUGUGGACCAUUAGUUCUCCCCAGCCACCAGCUCUGCUCUCUGUGGACCAUUAGUUCUCCCAGCCACCAGCUAUGCUCUCUGUGGACCAUUAAUUCUCCCAUUCACCAGCUCUGCCCUCUGUGGACCAUUAGUUCUCCCAGCCACCAGCUAUGCUCUCUGUGGACCGUUAGUUCUCCCAGCCACCAGCUAUGCUCUCUGUGGACCAUUAGUUCUUCCAGCCGCCAGCUCUGCUCUCUGUGGACCAUUAGUUUUCCCAGCCACCAGCUAUGCUCUCUGUGGACCAUUAGUUCUCCCAACCACCAGCUAUGCUCUCUGUGGACCAUUAGUUCUCCCCGCCACCAGCUAUGCUCUCUGUGGACCAUUAGUUCUUCCAGCCGCUAGCUCUGCCCUCUGUGGACCAUUAGUUCUCCCAGCCGCCAGCUCUGCUCUCUGUGGACCAUUAGUUCUCCCAGCCACCAGCUAUGCUCUCUGUGGACCAUUAGUUCUCCCAGCCACCAGCUAUGCUCUCUGUGGACCAUUAGUUCUCCCAGUCACCAGCUCUGCUCUCUGUGGACCAUUAGUUCUCCCAGCCACCAGCUAUGUUCUUUUCAAAUAUUGUUUAUUGAAGUAUUAAAAUCUUUACAACAAAGAUAAUAAAUCUGCUUUUCAGGGGAGGGAGGAAGAGUGAAAGGUGGUAAAAGGGAAGGGUAUCCAUCCACAAUAAAGAGAAUUAACUUAAUAUUACAUUAACAUUUUGUUAUACAUUGCAUAAUCAUGACAGUGAAUUUCGAUUAUAAAUGGUAAAUUAUUUUAAUGAUGUUUUCCUAUUUAUCCCAACUGUGAUGAAGUUGUUUAGGUAAGUCUGAGUUUUGUCUAUAUGACAUUUUGUGCCUUUUAUUUUCUAAAACCAGAUUCAAAACUUCUUUAAGUGUUGGAGUAUCAUCCGAUUUCCAGUAUUGUGGUAAACACGAGGUAGCAGCAAUUAGGAUGUGGCCUAUGAUGAUUCUAUCAAUUUUGGUACCAGAUUCCGGGAAGUGCUUAAAGGAUCACUAUAGGGUCAGGAACACAAACAUGUAUUCCUUACCCUAUAGGGUUGAAACCACCAUCUAGCCCCCCUGGGCCCCUCAUGCCUCCAUAAAUAUAGCAAAAUC